AUGGAGGGUCGUGUUGACAACUACAACGACAUGGAGGAAAUUAGGAGGAUGCUACGGCAACUUACAGAACGCGUCGCUCGCAUCGAAGCUCGAACCCAAAUAGGUAAGAGUUCUGACGGGGAGAGAUGCAUGAACCCUUAUCUGAACCGAGUAGCUCGCAUCGACACUCUAAGCCGUGGGAGUCUCGACGGGGAGUACGAGGGGGAUAGCCCUUUUCAUUAUUGCGCUUCGCUGUGUGAGUCAAGUGAAGAGGGGCACGGUUAUUCUCAUUGUGUCUUUGAAGGACUUCUUUCUAAGCCUAUAAAUGGGUCUUUUUAUAAACGCUUAUGCAUAUGCUGCCCUUCUCCUUUGUCCUCAAUAUUGUCUGAAUCGCUACCACCCACAGCACUACGUACUGUGAGUUUGAAGCUCCUGAUUGACACAGAAAGCAACAAAGUUCUGUUUGCUGAAGCAAGCAAGGAAGUUGUGGAUUUUCUCGAUACUCUUCUGUCCUUGAAUUUUGGAACUGUGACUAGGCUCCUUAUCUCUAAUGGUGGCAUGGUUGGUUGCUUAGGCAAACUUUACGAGAGCCUCGAAAAUCUCAGUGACACAUACAUGCAACCCAAUCUUAACAAAGACUCCCUUCUGAAAAAGACAACAACUUCUGGCGCUAACAUCCUUCAAUUGCCAGCCAACAAUGACUCGAAUGCGCCUAAACGGUUCUACCUCUGUGUAAAUUGCAAGCGCCAUAUUUCUGAUAGUACAUAUUUUGUUUGUGCUUUUGAUUCUUACGGCUUUAAGUUGGUGAAGGCAUCGUUGGAGUCAAAAACCGCUCUUACAAAUGUUUUCCUUGGUAAUAAAGUGCAUGAAGGUUUCAGCUUUGGUCCUCUAAAGAAAUUGAGCUUUUGGAGGUUCAUUUUAGUUUGUGGAUUGACAUUGACAGUAUUGGCGUACAUUGGAUUAUUUCAACUUUGGCCCUCUGAUCUUAUUGGUAAAAGAUAUGGUAAAAACGACCCAACAAGUCCAAGGAAACCAAUCUGCUAUCCCAAUCUUCCUUUUGCACUUUCCUUGAUACAAAAAUGA